GGACUCGUCCGCAGCCCCGUCGCCAACCGCCCGUCAGCGUCACGCAUGGGCGCGCCGAGCCCAUCAUGCCGGAGUCCCUGCGCGCGGAGUCCGCGUCCUCCACGCGCGCGCCGCUGCUCCUGCUGCUGCCCCUGCUGCUGCUGCCCCUGCUGCUGCUGCGCAUCCAGGGCAGCGCCGCGCAACAUUUCCUCCACCUGCGCCCCGUGCCCAGCGAGGAGCUGCCCCUCACCGACCUCAUCGAGUACCCGGACCCCGAGCUCGACCCCAAGACCAAGGACCUGGACGAGAGGGUGCUGAGGAGGCUUCUGGGCAGCCACUUCGAUCCGACCUUCAUGUCCGUGGCGGCUCCGGGCGAAGUCCGCGGACUCGCCAAGAACGCCAGCGAGCCCGGCGAGCAGCACGGCCGAGGGGCAGCGGCCGCGCGGCGCGAGCGCGCGAUGCCGAGCGAGAUCAGGGACAUGGACUUCGCGCGUGCCGCUUGGCCGGACCCCAGGGGCUCGCGAGCCGGCGCCCUGGGCAGGAAGGCGCGGCGCAAGAUGCAGCUCUUCCUGUGGGCCUACACCCAGUGCCCCGUGGCCUACGCGUGGAAGGAUCUGGGAGGCCGCUUCUGGCCUCGCUACGUGCGCGAGGGCAGCUGCCAGAGCGGUCGCUCGUGCUCCAUCCCCGCGGGCAUGAGCUGCAAGGCGCAGCGCUCCACCAGCAAGGCCAUCCUGCGCUGGUAUUGCCGUGGGUGGGGCGCGCACAGGAACUGCACGUGGCUGAAGAUCCAGUAUCCCAUCAUAGCCGAGUGCAGAUGCUCCUGCUGAGCCACUUCUGGAUGGAUGAAUGGAUGACGAAGAUCUCCCCGUCUCUCUCUCUCUCUCUCCGCGCCACGCGCUCUCGCGGGGUGCCACGUCGCACGUGCGGGCGCGCGCGCUCCGGAUGCCGCCUGGAAUUCGCUCGUCGCUCCAUCUCUGCUUUGGUCGUCCCGGACAUUCCCUUACGACCGUGCGCGUGUGUGGUAUGUCUGCCAACACGGAGCGAGCCGAGUUCGACUCUCGCGAACGGCCAACACCAGUGACC